UUUAUUUUUCUCAAAGAAUAGAUAAUUUUUGUAUAAUUCUUAAAAAUGAGUUAAUUAAGAAUUGAAAAAAAAAUGAUUCAUAAAAAUAGUUAUAGUACGAGUGGUGUAAAUAAGUGAUUAAUUUUUAAAUUUGCGAUUGCCGGUGACGGUAGUAAAAUAAAAUAUUAACAUGUGAUAUUUUAUAGAAAAUAUUUUUUCAACAACGAUUUAAAUAAUAACGCGAAGCGUUUUUUUAAAAAAGGAACGUACUUUACUUGUCGAGGAGAAUUUUUAAUUUAGGAAGUUGAAAAUGUCGAAAUCUGCCAUCUUGGAGACGUCUACGGAAAACGCCAAGAUCACCGAUUCUGGAUAUUCAAAUUCGUGUAGCAACAAUAGUCGAUCUUUGAAUAGCAAUGAUUGUUCAAAAUCGAAAAAUAGUAACGGCUCGGGAAGUUAUGGCUAUGGCAGUGAGCUACCAUCCAAUUUUGGAUCUAGCAAUGAGGCUCUACCACAGCCAAUCAACAAAAGAAAGGAUACAGAUCACAAGAAGAAGUCUAAAACAACUUUGGCGAUUAAUGCCGAUUCUAAACCGGAAGUUUGUGUUUUCAGCACACCAUUGAAAACUAUUUUUGAUAAAAUAACAGAUGAACAAGCAGUUGUAGAAAUGAUGGACAUCACGGAUACCAGACAACCCAACGACAAAUUGGUCUCCGAUUAUGAAGCUGGACUUGAUCCUCAAAUCAAUUCUCAGGAUGAUUACAACUUUCAAACGAAUGACAAAUUUACUUUGGUAAUUUCCAUGCGAAAGGGUCUGGUCGUCUACACAACUUUUAGCGGAGCACUUGGCUACUCGGAGGACGAUUGGAAGAAGAAAUCUUUUCUCGAAUUAAUUCAUCCCAGUGACAAGGAGGUUUUCUUUAAUCGUGUCAAUGAAAUCAUAAUUGCCUAUCAGGAAUUAUAUUACGGUGACAGUGAGGCAAAAGUGACAUUAUUCUGUAAACUACAAUAUAAGGAAGAUUUCGAUGUUAAACGAGAUUCAGUUUCUGUCAAUCAAAAUCAUUGUGAACCAUUUAAUCUGACGUUGACAGUAAAAAAUUUACAAAAUCGUGUUGACGAAGAACAAUAUGAAAACAUGUUCCUAGUGGUAAAGGCUCAAUCAGUUCAAUCUGCAUACAAAGAAUCAGAAGAAACAAUAUUAUCUUCAAUAUUCACGACCCAUCAUACGGCAACGUGCCACAUAUCCCACGUCGAUCCUGAAGUAGUCCAAUAUUUGGGCUAUCUACCACAGGAUAUGAUUGGCCGUUCGCUAUUUGACUUCUAUCAUCCUGAGGAUCUGCCUUUCAUCAAAGACGUCUAUAAGACUGUAUUGACACACGAUGGAAUCUCCUACAAGUCAAAGCCCUACAGAUUUAUUAUCAAAAACGGUGAUUUCGUUGUUCUUGAGACUGACUGGACCGCCUACAUCAAUCCGUGGACAAGGAAACUUGAACAUAUUCAAGGACAACAUAGAGUCAUUAAAGGACCCGUGGAUCCAAAUAUUUUUCGUGAAUCAGAUAAAUCAAUCAACUUUAGUGAUGUAGUGCUGAAUAAUGCUGCAAUUAUUCAGAAGGAAAUUUUAACUCUCUUGCAAGAGGAGAUAGAGAAAAAUGAAAAGGAAGUCAACAAUAGUUGUAAAUAUCUAGUGCCGCUCAUAGUUUCUCUCUUUCAAGAGAUUCUUUCAUCAAGAAGUAUUAAGGACACAGCAGUGAAUGCACGAAGUUUUUCGGGACCACCCAUGUUACAGGAGCACGAAAGUGUAAUUCUCGGAGGAAUCUCACCACAUCGUGAAUAUGAGGACAGCAAAUCGUCAACGGAAACACCUCCAAGUUACAGUCAACUUAAUUACAACGAAAAUAUGCAAAGAUUUUUCAAAAGCAAUCCAAUGGGGACGGCAAAUUACGGCAGCUAUGAGGACAACACCACAGGAAAUAGCGGAGACGAAACUGUCAAGAAAGAUAAUUCCUCUGAAAGAAAAUACAUGUCGCCAAAUGGAGAGAGUGGACAAAGUGGAAGCGACAGUGGCAAUGGUUUUAAUAGUCAAUUAAAUUCUAAUACAAUGGGAAAAAAGACUUAUGGAGAACUACCAAUUCUGACUGUAUCGUUGUUAAAUAAACACAAUGAGGACAUGGAGAAAAUGAUGGUUCAAAAACACAAAAUCUUUAGGUCUAAUAUUAAAAAAAGUGAUAAACUUAAGGAAUCAAGAGUAAAAGCCAAAGAUGAGGAACAAGAAAUUAAGGCCUCUAUUGAACAUGGAAUCAAAAGACGAAGAAGCAAUAGCCGAGAUAAAAGUCACAAAGUACCAAAAAAAGUCUGUAAAAUGGAACCAAUUAAUGGAACUGUUCCAUUAAGUUUAAAUAAUACAGUGCCAAAGCCAUUAAACAAUGAACAAACGAACGUCUCAACAAAUACGAAUUUAUGGUCACCUCAUUCAAUCUCAGUACCUAGCAUCAAUACCACCAGUUCGACGGUUCCAUCGAUGCCGCUAAAUCCCUUAAUUUCAUCACUUUGUUACAAUUAUUUUACAAUAAGUCAAAAUCAAAAUCCAUGCUUGAGAAGAAAGUCAAAUGAAAAUACUCAAACACUGCCGCAUUCAACACAUAUGAUGCAACAAAAUUCAUGCAUGCCUUAUAAAGGAGCAGGAAUUCCUGAUGUCUUUUAUCCUACGAAUCUUCCGCUUUCAGUGCCAGUUACUUCUGUUUGUAAACAAUUUUUAAUUCCCGAUUCAUCACCCAGUGAAUUGAAACUACCUCAAACUAGUGAAGAAAAAUCUUCUCUUCAACAAAAAGCUUCUAACAAUUUAUCAGCGUCUACUAAAGAAAAAUUAGUCAGCUCCACGUCUAUUUUUGCGUCUUCGAAAAAGAUAACAGACAUGGAGACGAAUUCGUACAAGAAGGAAUCAAUAGAAGGUUCUAGUACUUCAAGUUUUUACAGCAGUUUUCUUAGUAAAAGUAUGGAGUCCAAUAGUAAUUCUGGUUCAAGAUCGUAUGGAUUUAAUCCACAGUUUCAAUCAAAUUUAUCAAUCGAUAGUAAAAGGCGUCCUUAUGGACGCCGAUCUUUUGAUAGUGAUGACAGCAUUGAAUCACAAGUAUUAAUUUGGUGGAAAAAACACCAGCAGGAUAAUCAAAAACGGGAGCAGCAACAAUCGCGACCGGAAAUGCUGAGAAAGGAACCACCGUGGCUGAAGGGAGUUCAAAUGUCGCCGGCAUUGAUCUACCAAUAUCAAAUACCAGAGAAAUCGCUAAAGGAUGUUUUAAACACUGACAUGAAGGCGUUAAUGAGCAUGACACAGCCGGCUCUCGUUCGUGAACAACUUAAUCAACUUUAUACCGAUUUGGAAUUGGAGGGUUUUGAGGCGAGGCUAAAACUCGAGGAGGAAAUUGAUUAUGAUGACAAUAAUGUUGAUCAAAGCGACGAAGGACAGCGUGUUAGUUUUCAAAGUUGCAGUAUAAGCCGAAUUGGAGCAUGGUGAGGAAAAAGAACUUAAGGAAACAAAAUGGAGUUUAAUACCUUAUAACUUGCACUUUCGGUUUCAAUUUAAGUGAAUAAAAUUUAUUUCACAAAAUAUAAUUAAGUGCAGGAUAAAUAUUAAUUCAUUUUCAUUCCAUAUGUUGCGGAGUACCAAAUAAUAUUGAUAAUAGUUUAUUAUUACCAAAUAAUAGCAAUGAAAGUAAUAAUAAUAAUGUCUGGAUGAAUUUUUGUAAGGAUUUCAAUUUUACAUAAUGUCACCUCAGAACUUUUAAAGAGAAAUUUAUACUUAUAUAUUUA